UAGACGGACUCGUCCAGAACGUUCCUGUAGGAUCCCUCAUUGAACGUUACAUCGUCGGCGUUUUCACUCGGAAAGAAAAUUAAAUUGGAUUUCGUGGUUAUUAUUCUUUUUUUCCAGGAAGAUGAAAGUGUUCGGAUGUCUCCUGGCCCUUUUGUUCGUUUUCCAACAUGCUGCAACCGUGGAGGUCGAUGCAGAGGCAAAGUCCGUCGUGCUGCCCUGCUCUGUCACUCUGGAGGAUCGGAAGGAUUUGUCGGUGGUGUGGCGCCGUAAAGAUCUCAAUCCCUCAGUCAUCCACUUUAAGGAGCAGGGACGCGAUGACCUGGACAAUCAGAACCAGAAUUACAGAGGCCGUACAUCAGUGAGCGAUCCACUGCAGGAGAACGGACUCGCCAGCCUCACUCUGUCUGAACCACGUCUCAACGACACCGGCAACUACACCUGCAUCAUCCGCAGGGAGGGAAAGGAUCUGCACCGGACAGAAGUACCGCUGCUAGUCAACGUUUGCCAACAUGCCGCGGCUGUGGAGGUCAAUACAUUAGCAAAGUCUGUCGUGCUGCCCUGCUCUGUCACUCUGGAGGAUCGGAAGGAUUUGUCGGUGGUGUGGCGCCGUAAAGAUCUCAAUCCCUCAGUCAUCCACUUUAAGGAGCAGGGACGCGAUGACCUGGACACGCAGAACCAGAAUUACAGAGGCCGCACAUCAGUGAGCGAUUCACUGCAGGAGAACGGACUCGCCAGCCUCACUCUGUCUGAACCACGUCUCAACGACAGCGGCACCUACACCUGCAUCAUCCGCAGGGAGGGAAAGGAUCUGCACCGGACAGAAGUACCGCUGCUAGUCAACGUUUGCCAACAUGCCGCGGCUGUGGAGGUCGAUGCAGGGGCAAAGUCCGUCGUGCUGCCCUGCUCUGUCAAUCUGGAGGAUCGGAAGGAUUUGUCGGUGGUGUGGCGCCGUGAAGAUCUCAAUCCCUCAAUCAUCCACUUUAAGGAGCAGGGACGCGAUGACCUGGACAAUCAGAACCAGAAUUACAGAGGCCGUACAUCAGUGAGCGAUCCACUGCAGGAGAACGGACUCGCCAGCCUCACUCUGUCUGAACCACGUCUCAACGACAGCGGCACCUACACCUGCAUCAUCCGCAGGGAGGGAGGGGAUCUGCACCGGGAAGAAGUACCGCUGCUAGUCAACGAAACGAUUGUACAAAAGUUCUCACUUUGCUGGGGUUUUUGUGCCGCACUACUUGGUACUUUCAUCUGUUUUUUUGGAGCAUGUUGUUGGCGGAGAAACACCAGGGCAGCUGUCGCCUCAGUCUGUCGGGUGAUCGUGAGGGAGGGGGCGGGGUUAGUAAAGCUGCCCUACCAAGCCACAGUCGACCUUCAUGCAGGCACCAUAGUGGAGUGGAUCUUGUCUGGCCCUAAACCCAAGGUGGUCCACCGGCAAGUGAUCGGUUGUGACCAGCCUGAGAAACAGCCUGAGGUUUACUACGAGCGCACAGAGAUGACAAACCUGGAGACUGGAGACCUCAGUCUGACCCUGAGUGACCCCUGCUGUGAGGACAGCGGCAUUUACAUCUGCAACGUCCGCAGAGAUGGAGUCAUCCUGGCUCAGAAAGUGGUGGAGGUCCUGGUCCAAGAUCCUAUCUCUGCUGUUCUUCUUGUUGCUGCUCUUCUGGUCUUUUUCUUGCUCUCACUCUUUUACCAGGACAAGCUCGGGUCAUUCCUCCCCAAACUCUUUUCUUCCUCAGUCUUCCUGGUGAUGGCUAGGGAGGGGGAGGAGUCCGUAAAGCUGCCGUUCAAAAUCCCCCUUGAGGUCUUUGAGGGCGUCACAGUGGAGUGGAGCUUGUCUGGCCCUGAACACAAGGUGGUCCAUCGGUGUGUGAUCGGCAGUGACCAGCCUGUGGACCAGCACGAGUUUUACCAUUUGCGCUCAAAGAUGUCAGGCCCGCUGUCCCUCGAUCUUGUCCUGGAAGACCCCCGCCGUGAGGACAGCGGCAUCUUCAUCUGCACCGUCCACAGAGGGGGGGUCAUCCUGGCUCAGAAAGUGGUGGAGCUCCAGGUCCAACGUCAGUACUGUGCACAGAUCAGAGCAGAGACACCCUGGUUCAGAAGGAGGGGUAGACGUCCGCAGUCCUAUGGUGACAGACAUCAUACAUGGCAGUUGACAUGACAUACCUCUGCAGCGACAGGAUGGAUUGACAGAAGAACGAUAGCUCACUGCCGACCAAGAGAUGUCUGUUUUAUUCUUAUUUUUUUUCACUGUGCUCAGUUUUCUGUUGCAAUAUUAACUCAUUAGCCUUAAAACACUUAAAAUUUAAUUAGAACAAGGGUAUUAACUGCUGCUUUUUAGAAAACAUUUAGCAUUAGAACAUCAGGGCCAGUAUUCUCAAGAGUAAAAGUAGCUCCUAACUUGCUGAUUUAGUAGAUUUAGGCGUGUCAGUCCUAACUUUAGGACUCCUCAUUUUUCUGACUAAGAGUAAUUCAUUGAGCCACUUAGCGCUAAAAUUAGCUCCUAUAUCUGGGAGAAGUUAGAAGUAGUGGAGAGGACUCCGACCGCGCCACGUUGUGGAGUUUGUGAAGGAUUAAAUAACAUCUCCAACUGAAACAACCCGAUCAGUGAGGGAAUUAAGUGUUUGGCAACGCUGCUUUACUUGGCAACAGAGAAAAGCCGAGAUGUAUCCACCAAACAAUAAAUGCGCUCUGACCCGACGUCAUAGGAAAAUUCAUACGAUUUCUUUUAGAUGUUCAACUACUACAGAGAAAUAAUCUUAACACACCUCAACACACCCGGGACCACAGCUACAUUACAGCAGGUACCGCUACAACAGGCUGUGGCUAAUAGCCUGCAGGUUAGCUUAAGUUAGCUCGUCUAGGACAGGUUCGUUUUUUUUAUUUUUCUGUUGAGAGAUUUGAACAUAAGUAAGAAUGAAAUUCUCCCGUGUCGACACAAACCUCAUCAUACAGAUGCAUUUUGGAGAUUGCACUACUUUUGUAAACAGCAACUUAUCCAAUAUUAUUUCGUUUGUAUUUGUUUAUUUCUCAGUGGUUUUUUUUUAUUAUUACUGUGAGAUGUUGCACACGUGUUCAGCUUUAGCAGCGGAGUCUUAGCUGUCUGAGCUCAUGUCUGAGCUGGACUGCUUUUGUCUCCAGCCACAUACUGAUAUCGCAGUAUUUCAAUACUGUCAGUAUUUUAUGCUGAAUGAAUGAAUUCAAAUGUGAAGAGAAUGUGUGUGUGUUAUAUUUUGAGUAAAUUAUGAAGGUGUGAAGGUUGAGUCUGGGUCAAAGGGAAUGAAUGAGUUUUGGGAGAGUUUGGUAGCGGUAGCUACAUGUUGUCUACUGGAAGAAAUCAGAAUUGUGUCUCAGAGAAACAAACUGCUGUUAGAAGAUUAAUUGCAUGACUGUGUUUCUUUAGCAUGAGUAUAGUUUAUUAUGUUUCAAAUAAACCUGCUUCCUCUUCUUUA